AUGGACGAUAUUAUCGAUACAUUCGUGGCUUUCACGGGGGCGACCCCAGACGUUGCGAGGAGGUAUCUAGAGAUGACGGACAACAACAGUGAACAAGCCAUCCAACUCUACUUCGACUCUCCCGAUCUUGCCUCUGGCCUAGGCCAAAGUACCCAGCCAUCUGCACCAUCUAUACCAUCUUCUACGCGACCACAACCUCGAGCUGCCAGUGCCGGAAGAGAAGACUCCAAGGGAGUUGUGCAUUUAGAUGACGACGACGAAGACAUGAUAGAUCUUGACGAUGGGGGGCAAGCCACAUCCGCAGCAGCUAUAGGCCGAGCAGCGGACUACGAAGAUGACGAAGCGAUUGCUAGGAGAAUGCAAGAAGAAUUUUAUGGGGGAGGUGAUGCAUCUGGCGGUUUGGGUGCAGAUGGUGUCAGGGCACCUAUUGGGCGUACGACAGAAACACUUGUUGGAGGACAUGGUGGCGGAGGCUGGGGCGCAGACGAUAUGCAAGCAGCAGUCGAACAGCAGAUGAGGAAUCGCCUGGCUCGAGUACCAGGACGACCAGGCGUUUUCAACCAGAGACCAGUCCCAUCUAUCUGGGAUGAAUCUGCUGAUGCUACUACACGCCGUCAAGGUCUUGCUGAAGCUACUGGUGGUGGUUCUGAAACAUCAAGCAAAGCUGCGCUGCUGGCGGAACUCUUCAGACCCCCGUUCGAGCUUAUGAACCAAAUGGCUUGGGAUGAUGCUCGUGAUAAAGGAAAGGAAGAUGCAAAGUGGAUACUGGUCAACGUUCAGGAUCCUUCCAUAUUCGACUGCCAACAAUUGAACCGUGACAUAUGGAAGCAUGAUGGCAUCAAAGAGGUGGUCAAGGAAAACUUCAUCUUUAUGCAGUAUUCAAAAGACGAUCCGCGAGGAAGCCAAUACAUUCAAUACUAUUUUCUCUCAAAAGAUAGUGACGCUGCAUACCCACAUAUCGCCAUUGUCGACCCACGUACCGGAGAGCAGAUGAAGGUAUGGUCCGGACCACCAGUACCUAAUGCUGGGGACUUCCUCAUGCAACUAGUGGAGUUUUUAGAUCGCUAUAGUCUUGAUGUCACAAAGAAGAAUCCUGUGGCCAAGCGGAAACCCGAAAAGCCUAAAUCCAUCGAUAUCGAUCGGCUUACAGAAGAGGAAAUGCUCGACCUUGCCUUACAGAACAGUCUUGCAAAUACAGCUUCAGCUGGUCCGAAAGAACAUGACCCAGAUGAUCUCACGAAGAGCUUUGGGGAUGCGAGUAAGGGCAAAGGAAAGGAGGUUGAUAAUGGAACCGAGGAAGAAACUGCUGGACCCUCGAAUGGUCAUCCUGAGGAGGAAACAUCAGAACCGUCCACAUACUCACGAAUAUCCUCCAACAAUCCUCACGUCGAACCUGCGCCGGGACCUGACGUAACUCGGGUCCAGUUUAGGCAUUCUACGGGACGAAUUGUACGAAGAUUCCGGGUGGACGAUCCAGUUCUACGGAUUUUCGAAUGGCUAAAGGCAGAUCCUUUGGAGGGUAAGGAAGGGGUUCCGUUUGACUUGACGGGUAUGGGCAAGGACUUGGGAGAUUAUCUGGAGGAAACAAUUGAGGAUGCAGGUCUGAAGAAUGGCACUGUCAUGGUGGAGUUCCUGGAGGAUUAG